CAUCACUCACAAAACGUUUAUUUAAAGAAUAAAAUACGUAUCUUUGUUCUCUGGCAAAAUUAUGCCAUACUAGCUAUACAGUCUUUAACAGAGGACUUUUAUUUCCGGUUAUGUACCGGAAGUAAAAUGUAGGACAGUAUCCCAGAAGUCUGCAAGAGCUUGGUUCUGGAAAGGCUACGUAGGAGUUUAGUGAAAAAAUGGCGAGUCCACGAACACGAAGAGCUUUAAAAGAAUUAAAACCAAGAGAUGGAAAUAAUGAGUGUUUCGAAUGCGGCGCUCACAACCCUCAGUGGGUCAGUGUCACGUACGGAAUAUGGAUUUGUCUUGAGUGUUCCGGCAAACACAGAGGACUUGGAGUUCAUUUAAGUUUUGUCAGAUCAGUCACGAUGGACAAAUGGAAAGAUUCUGAAUUAGAAAAGAUGAAGGUUGGUGGGAAUGAGAAAGCCAAGGUCUUCUUUGAUUCACAAUCUGAUGUUCAUAGUGGAAUGUCAUUACAAGAAAAAUAUAACACAAAAGCAGCAGCACUUUAUCGAGAUAAGAUCACAACUUUAUCAGAAGGACGUUCUUGGUCACCAGAGACCUCGUCGGCAAAGAACUGGGUCCCUCCUUUCCACAGAACACCCAGCAGUGCUAACGUCUCAAGCAGAGGGGUGUCAUCUAGUGGAAUGCAUCACAGUGCAUCAACUCCUAGCUUUAUGGGGCUAUCAAGGCAAGAAGUUAAUGCACAAAGAGAUAGCUUCCUUAGCAGGAAACAUGAAGAAAAUGCAUCUAGACCAGAUAACCUUCAUCCAAGCCAAGGUGGAAAGUAUGUUGGAUUUGGAUCAGAGCCUAAUAUGACAGUUGCAAACACAAAUCCCAACACAGGUUGGGACAUGGCUUUAAGCUCCCUCUCAAGUGGAUGGAGUUCAUUUGCUGCUGGAGCUGUUCAGCUUGCAUCUACAGCCUCUACUCAGGCUGUUAAACUUGGAAGCACACUGAAUGAAAAUGUGGUCAAACCAACAGCAGACAAGGCUGCAAAACUGGGAACAACACUGAAUGAUUCUAUAGUGAAGCCAACUACUGAUAAGGUGCAUGAAGGCAAGCUAUUUGAGGAUAUGACAUCUUCCAUGUCGCAAAUAGCAAGCAAGGUAAGAGAUGCAAGCGUAAAGAGCUGGUCGACAGUCCAGACAGCAAGUACCAAAGGUUGGAGCAGUAUACAGAGUUAUGUCGGCCAAAACGAACCAGAGAAUUUAAAUACCAGUAAGGGUUUUUCUGGUGGAGGGUAUGGAAGUAUAAACGAUCCCACACAGAUUACUAUGAAACAAGAAGAGAGUGAAGAAGACUUCUGGGCAUGGGGAGAAACAUCAGCGGCAGGAAAACAACAAGAGGCAAGGGCUGUGAAUCAAGAAACAAGUAAGAUGGUAAAUAAUGGGUCCAAGAAUGGCAGUAGCAGCAGUACAAACCUGCGGAAGCAAUCAAGUAGUGAUUUUGAUGAGUCUUGGGGAUGGGACGACGAGAGCACUGCUAAACCCAAGAUGAAAUCUUCAAGUUUAAAUGGAAAGAAGACCUCCAAAGCUAAGAAAAAUCAAGAUAGUUGGGACACUAAUGGCUGGAGUGAGGAAGGGAAUGAUGACUGGAGUCAGGGUGAUAGUUGGAGUAAUGAAGACUGGACCUCUGUUACUCCGAAGAAGAAUACAAGACAAACGAUACGAAGUGCUGGAAAUGGGAAAAAGGGAGAUUGAUUAAAAUGAAAUAAUUUAUAUCUAAUACAUUAUUGAAUUGUUCACUAAUAUCAAUUAUUAUCAAAAGGUGUGACCAUAGGGUCGUCCUUCACGAAUUUGCAAGAUGUGAUCCUAUUGGAAGGCACACAUGUAUAGAACAAUAGAAAACAAUGACCUUUCCCCAACCCCGCCCCUAAACCUAACCAAUCACAGGGGACGUUGCAAAUUCGUGAAGCCUAACCCUGACCAUAGGGAGCCCAAUUUAGAUUAAAUUGCAAUACUUUUUUGGGCCUUUCAAAAAAUAAUAUACUGUGGUUUUGCAUGAUAUUUCCAUUCAUUUACUUAUAUUAUUUAGCAUACUUUCAUGGUGUCAAACACAAAACCUUCAGUUAAGGGUUUCUUAUCUAGAUAAUUUUUUUCAUCUUGCAAUUUCUAAAUUAGGCUUCCUAUGGUGUGACCAAGAAGAUACCUCCCAAUUUGCAUAAUAAAUUCAGCUCGUGUAGCAGUACCUUAAGACCCUUAAAUGCAGAUACCUAUACUGGCUAGGGGACCAGAGAAAGUGUUAAUAUUAAUAGCAGAAUGUUGUAGAAUAAUUACUGUUACAUUGUGUAUUAAGUCUAUAAUGUGUAGUUCCAGGAAUCAUCCAUACCCACCCCACAGAGGAAUUUGGAAUUUCUGAAGAGUAGGGGGGGUCAGAGAAAGAACAAAAAUUACAGAGUUUGUAUGGAAGGAAAUUGGAAUUUCUGGGGGGUAGGGGGCCAGGGGUGUCUUAAAAAAAUUCCUCCGUGAGGGGGUAUGGAUAAUUUUUGGAACUACACAAUAGAGGAGUGACAGGUAAUGACAUAUUAACACAGCCCAUCUGAGUCCUGAGGCUGGCCCAUCUUUUGAAUGCUCCCCUUUUGCAGACAGCCCAACAAAGCAGACUGGUUAAAGGAGGGGCCAGCAUCUUGACUACACAGCUYCAGGUCUGGAUUUUAUGCUCCACAAUGUCCUGGUCCGUUUUGGUCACAUUUAAAUCAUGAAUAUGUAUGUAAGUGUGCAUCCAUAUUAUAUAGGAACAACUUCAAAGCUUGGUAACUUUCCCAUCUUUUUCUGGGAAAUUAGCAGUUUGCCAGUCGUAAUCCAUUAUUACAUACUAUAUUUCAUUUCUGCAUAUUUUAUUCCAAGGUUUUAUUUUAUCAGGGCAUAUUAGAUACUAAUAGUUUUAGGUUAUUUCAAUUUUAUCUUAUUUAAUUGUGAAUAAUUAAUAAGAAAAA